CCCCAAACCCCCCCACACCCACCCGUAACCCGGUGCCCUUCUCCUCCCAUCCCAUUCUCCUCCGGUAUAACCCGGUGCCCGCCCCCGUUCUCCCGUUAACUUCUUUCUUUUCGGUGCUCAGCCCUCCCCUCCCGGGCCGUUGUGCCCCUCCCGUCCCCCCCCCCCGCGUUAUUGGUCCCUCUCGGUUCUGGCCCCGCCGGGGCCCGACUGGCAGCUGCCCACAGCCGGGAUGCGCCGCAAUGGAUGAGUUCCACCCCUUCAUCGAGGCGCUGCUGCCCCACGUCCGGGCCUUCGCCUACACCUGGUUCAACCUGCAGGCCCGCAAGCGCAAGUACUUCAAGAAGCACGAGAAGAGGAUGUCCAAGGAGGAGGAGCGGGCCGUCAAGGACGAGCUGCUGGGCGAGAAGCCCGAGGUCAAGCAGAAAUGGGCCUCGCGCCUCCUGGCCAAGCUGCGCAAGGACAUCAGGCCCGAGUGCCGCGAGGACUUCGUGCUCUCCGUCACCGGCAAGAAGGCGCCGUGCUGCGUCCUGUCCAACCCCGACCAGAAGGGCAAGAUGCGCCGCAUCGACUGCCUGCGCCAGGCCGACAAGGUGUGGAGGCUGGACCUGGUGAUGGUCAUCCUGUUCAAGGGGGUCCCGCUGGAGAGCACCGACGGCGAGCGCCUGGCCAAGGCCCCGCAGUGCGCCAACCCCGGGCUGUGCGUACAGCCCCACCACAUCGGCGUCUCCGUCAAGGAGCUCGAUCUCUACCUGGCCUUCUUUGUGCAGGCGCCCGGUGAGUGGGGGCCGAGGGGCUGGCGGGGCUGGGAGCCCCACACGGCUCCUGCUUCAGCUGCAGGUGGUUCCGACGUCCGGCAGCUCCCGGUUCCGUCCCCUUUUCCCUCCUGCGGCGCUCGGUGCCGGUGUCACACGACCCCGGGGGAAACCACGGGGGUCUCGGGGUGUCCCUGUCCCUGCAGCCCCCUCCCCGUGCACACAUGGAGCCGGGGGUGCGGCCCCCUCGCUCCGCACACAAAGCAGCACCGUGUGCCAAAGUGCAGCGUGGUGAGCGCCGUGCCAGGGCGGGCACCGGGCUGAGCUGGGAGCCGGGCUGUGCACCGGGGGGGGGGGUGUGCUGGGCACCAGGGUGUGUGGGCUGGGCACAGUGUGUGUGUGCUGGGCACCAGGGUGAGCUGUGCUGAGCCACUCACUGUGCACCGUGCUGGGCUCCGUGUUGAGC